AUGGAAUUUCUGGUUAAAAGAAGGAAUUGCCCCCGUCUCUCACACUCUCUCUCUCGCGCGUCUCUCCCUCUCUCCUCUGGUUUUCGCGACGGCUGGAACAGCCGGCCACAUUUUGGCCGGCCGCGCCCUCGUCCGGCCACCAAAGUCGACGGGGCCGGUACCAAAAUGACCGGGCCGCCGUCCUCUUCCUACCCCAGCUGGGUCUCGCCGCCAGCCGCCGGGAUUCCGCCGGAAAAUCGAAGAAAACAGCCCGGUUUCGCCCGAAACUUCACCGGCUUCGUUCUCCGUCGUCCGGCCACCGAUUCCGGCAAGCUAAGUAGCUCGAUCUACGAAUUGAAAUUCGUCCGGUUUUGCGAUCGCGAUUCCGGGCACCUCCGGUCAGUUUUUGGGGUAGGAGUCUUGGCUCACGAUUUGGAAGUUUUCCGGCGAUGCGAUAUCGCUUUAGACACCCACGCGCUGCCGGCGCGUGUGGCGGCGCGUGGGCACUGUAGCUGA